AUGGGGACAGCGAAUCCCCGAACCGGGCUGCUCCUGGCUGCGCUCUGCCUGCUCGCCUCCCGCGGAAGGGCAGCAGCUUUCCUGAUCACCACCCCGUACUCGCUGUGCGUGUGCCCCGAGGGCCAGAACGUGACCCUGACCUGCCGGAUCAGCGGCGCCCUGGCCGAGCGCCACGACCUGCUCUACAAAACCUGGUACUUCAGCAGCACGGGCGACCAGAGCUGCUCUGACAAGAGACACAUCCGCAAUGUCACCGAGAAGGAGCUGCACCACGACUUCACCAGGCACCACGAGCCGCCGGGCAACAGGUCCCAAAAAUCCCCCCUUGGGCGGCAAAGCGCCCACCAUGGCGUGGAGUUUGUGCCUGACCACCACGGUGCCUUCCACAUCGUGGUGAUGAACUUGACGCUGCAGGACAGCGGGAAUUACUGCUGCUAUGCCGUGGAGGUCAGGAGGGAAGCUCACAGCAAGCCCCACACCAAGCAGGUGGCUCACGGCUUCGUGGAGCUGCAGAUCCAGCCAGGCAAAGGAGGGCUUCAAAACUGCACAUUUCACACUGCCACUGGCAAAGAUAUCACGGCUGCUGCGCUGGCCACGGGCGCCUGCAUUGUGGGCAUCCUCUGCCUGCCCCUCAUCCUGCUCCUCAUUUACAAGCAGAGACAAGCUGCCAGCAGCAGACGUGCCCACGAGCUUGUCAGGAUGGAUAGCAGCGCUCAGGGCAUCGAAAACCCCGUGUUUGAGGCGGUGCCAGCGGUGGGCACGGAGCCCCGGCCCCGGCCCCAGCUGUCCUACGUGGCCAGCAGGCUGCCCUCGGAGUCUGGCCGGCACCUGCUCUCGGAGCCCAGCACCCCCCUGUCCCCCCCUGGCCCCGGGGAUUGCUUCUUCCCCACCCUGGAUCCUGUUCCCGACUCACCAAAUUCCUUGAAAGCCUAAAGACUCCAGAGGAAACCACAGAUCCUGCAGACCACGCUGUGCUCACCAAGACAACAGCCCCAGGAGGGUGGCAGGGCCAGGGCCAGCAAUGCCUUAGGAAAUGAGGCUGUGUGCAGCAUCCCUGCCCUUGUCUCCCAUCCUGCCACUGCUCUGGGACUGGAAGUGAACCUCUCUUGCUCGGAUUUCAAUUUUUAACUACCUGUUUCCAUGGAGAAGUGCAUGGCUCUGUACUGCUCACAUUUUACAGACUAGCUGAAAAUUGAGGAUGUAGGGAUGAUGGAAGGAUGUCCUGCACCUGCAGACUUCCCUGAGGAUUAACUUAUUGCCAGGGUCUAAGCUCUGCAACAUCAACACGUUUCUGGAUCCUUGACUGAACAUCCCCUCUGGGAGUGGAUGGUAAAAUAUUUUAUUCAGCAUGGAACAAAACCGGAUUACCAGCCAACCUCGUACUACCUUUUUCUUUGCAAAACAGGAAGGGGAGAGGCUCCCUGCUGCCACAAGAGCCUUCUUUCCUUACCAGCCUUCUGAAAUGGCCAUGGACUUGUGAUGCUGCUGCCUUUUCAGCAGGACACAUGUUGGGAGGAGCCUUAUUUCUGCUGCGGUUUUAUCCUUGGCUUGGGAUCAGGGCAAUUUAUCUUUCUGUUUGUUUCAUUAUCAGCGCUGAUUAAAAGGAAAAAAAGGAUGUUUAUGGUUUUGUUUUUUGCUUUUUAAUUUUUUUUAAAUGCCUAUCAAUUAGGAAGUUCAUCUGGAGGGUGUUGAGAGGUGGAGGUAUGGGGGGCACAGUGGGAAAUGCUAAGUAUGACUUCUCCUUGCCCUCCUGGGGCCAGCAUGAUCAGAGCAGAGCAGCCAGCACUGGGGCCACUGUGAGAGGACUCUCUGGUGCCCUGGGGACGUGGGUGCUCAUGCAGCAUCUGAACAGAACAUCUGGCAUUGUUAUCCAAGAGAAACUACAGCUCCCGUGUGACUCAGCCGCGGUGAGGAUUUCAAACCUUGUGGCAGACACUGUUACUCAGAGUGCGUUUGUUUCGGUGGUUUUUUUUUUUUUUUUUUUUUAUCUUGUUUCUCUUUUUGUUGUAAGGUGGGUAAAAAAUGGCCACAAGACAAACAUAAACAUUAGCCAUAGCAAAACAGAGUCAGAUCUGAGCAGGCAGUGUGACCAGGCAGAGCAUCCCUGGCAGCACACGAAUUUCCACACCACACGGCUGGAAGGAACAGUGUUUGCCUCUGGGAUGGGCUGCUGCAGGAUUUGAUUAAUCCAGCGUUGGCUUCAGCAAUAUCACCUUCAAGGUGGCUCAGGGAUGAAGGAGAAGCCAUCACCCACAUCCCCAUACACCACAGGUGGAACUUCCUGAACACAGGACUUGUGUUUUAUUGCCACCCAUGGCUCAGCCCCGUCCUGGCUCUGCUGGGGAAUCCAACACCUGGUGCCUCCAGCACUUCCUUCUCCCUGUCUCAGCAGUUCCAGCUGGAAAGGCAUGCCAGGAUUUUGCCUGCCUGCAGGUCUUAACGGCUUUGAAACCCUCUCCAAGUCACUCUGUUCCCUAAAAAAUGCACUGUUUGAUGACAGAACGAAACUUUGUUGG